GCUGGAAGUCAGACCGAGGGCCUUGCUGGGGAGUGAUCGGAGCAUCAUCAUCAUCAGCAGCAUCGCCAUGGGGAAUUGUUGUGAGAGCAUGGGCAAUUUUUUCGGCCGGCAAAAGAACACCAAUGUUCGUGUUAGUUUGCCGGCUGUCUGCUUCGUCUGGCAGAUUGCCAUGGUUGUGCUGUUUGGAGUUUUCAUCCGGUAUGAUGAUGAGUCAGACGCACAUUGGGCAGAGACCAAACUGCAUGAGAACAUCACCAGCGAUGUCGAAAAUGACUUCUACUACAGAUAUCCCAGCUUCCAGGACGUUCAUGUCAUGAUCUUUGUUGGAUUUGGUUUCCUCAUGACCUUCCUGAAACGCUACAGCUUCAGUGCUGUCGGCUUCAACUUCCUGAUUGCUGCCUUUGGUAUACAGUGGGCUCUUCUUAUGCAAGGCUGGUUCCACUCCCUCGACCCCAACACCGGAACAAUCAAAAUUGGAAUAGAGAAUCUGAUCAAUGCAGACUUCUGCUGUGCCGCUUCUCUGAUUGCCUACGGUGCCCUUCUGGGAAAAGUAAGCCCUGUCCAGCUGAUGGUUGUCACCUUAUUUGGCGUCACACUGUUUGCUGUUGAGGAAUAUAUCAUCCUCGAUCUCCUUCAUUGCAGAGACGCUGGUGGCUCCAUGGUCAUUCAUGCCUUCGGAGGGUACUAUGGUUUGGCCAUCUCCUGGGUCCUCUACCGACCAAACUUACACCAAAGCAAACGCCUCAACGGAUCUGUCUACCACUCUGAUCUGUUUGCCAUGAUUGGCACACUGUUCCUGUGGAUGUUCUGGCCUAGUUUCAACUCGGCUAUCGCAAACCAUGGCGACGGACAGCACAGAGCAGCCAUCAACACUUACAUUACCCUCACUUCCUCGGUUCUCACCACUGUGGCCAUCUCCAGCAUGUCUCAGAAGAGAGGAAAACUGGACAUGGUGCACAUCCAGAAUGCCACUCUGGCGGGCGGCGUUGCCAUGGGAGCAUCAGCAGAGCUCAUGAUCAUGCCUUAUGGUGCACUAAUUGUGGGUUUUUGCUGUGGCAUCAUCUCCACCUUUGGCUACCUGUAUGUCACGCCCUUCUUGGAGAAAUAUUUAAAGAUCCAGGACACAUGUGGGAUCCACAACCUUCACGCUGUACCAGGGAUGCUCGGUGGCUUUGUUGCUGCCAUUGUUUCUGCAAGCGCCUCUGUCUCUGUCUAUAGCAAAGAGGGGUUGAACAGCAUUUUUGAGGAAGUGGCUUCUGGAAAAAGAUCUGUAAAUACCCAGGGAGGCUACCAGGCUGCUGGCACUUGUGUGGCAAUUGCAUUUGGACUUGUUGGAGGAGCUAUUGUUGGAUUCAUUCUGAGGUUCCCUAUCUGGGGUGACCCUGCAGAUGACAACUGCUUUGAUGAUGAAGUUUACUGGGAGGUUCCUGAGGAUGAAGAGACCAUUCCUCCUGUUUUAGAGUACAACAACCACAUGAUACACAAGCACCAAGAGAUAUCUGAGUCAAACUUCUCUGUGGAGCAAACUUAGAAUUUCACAGUGAAAUAUCAAGCUCCUCAUACCACUUUGAACUAGAUACAGCUGUGAAACAAGACUCAUUUACAAAGAAGACACCCUCAGAAAUGCCAAGUCUACAAGGAAGGAACUCAUGUCUCACACUACACCUGAUACAUUAGUCUGGCACCAGGUAGUGAAUGGAAGCUUAUGAUGACGCUGCAGAAAAUGAUGACCAAAUAUCUCAUUAAUGGAAAUAUUAUUCUGAAUGCAUACUCUGAAGGACAUUUUAAACUGCACUUAUUAAACUUAUAAGAUUUGCUUAAUGGCUGGCAAAUGUCAGGUAGAAGAAUCCAAGCAGUAAGAUGAGACUCUAUUUAUGUUGUGUAAGCUAAGUAAUAAUGCACAGAAGAAAAGAAGGAAUUUAGUGAAUAGUAUAUUUUGCUUAUUUUCCUACUUAUUCCUUAUUCCUUAUAUAAUUCUUUCAAAAUAAUGUAAUAAUAAGUCUUUAUAAGAUGCGUGUUCAUAUGAGUCCACCUUUUUUUAUCACAUUUGUUUGUUGCAUAACUUGUUCUUAAGGUGUAAGUUUUGAGUACUACAGUAACUGAUACAAUUUCCAGUGUUUUGAUUGCUGUGGUAUUGAAUGUUACCUCCAAUAUACUAUCUGUUUUAUAGGUUUUUAUUAUCUUUGCUCUUGUAAAAGCACUGUGUAGCACAGUUUUGAAAACCAAUCUGCUCGUCCUAUUGUAUUAUAGUGUCAGAUAUACAAAUUUAUAAAUCACAUGUAACUGGAAAUUAAACAAAAAAGUCAUAUUGUCAUUACUCUUUUUGCUCACAUUUUUACAAGACAUGUGAAGGCGCCAUGACAAAAAUAGUUAUGUCAUAGUUUAAUAAUUACAAUGCUUAUGUGCGUUGAAUGAAAAGAUUUGAAAAGUGCAUAAAAAAAAAUAAUUUAGAAAUCUAGUUGUAGAUCUAUGACCAUUGUAAAUAUAUGGGGACUUAUUGAUACAUUUUUCCAUAAUUGUUUUACCUCCACCUUGUGGAGUAAUAGGGGAAUUGUAAUUAAGAAGAAAAUCAAUAGUAUAUUCAGGAUGUACAAACACCAAAAUAAACAAAGCAAUUGGCAAUAGGGCAUGAUGCUGACCUGACAAAGAAAAUUCUCCCAUACAUGCACUAAGUGACUUAAAAUGGCAUUUUCUUUUUUAGUAGUCUAAUAAAGAGCAAGUUCAAGUUCAGUGCAUUGAUAGAAUGAUGUAAGCUGUAGCUGUGUAAUGUAUCAUACAUUAUAUUAUAUUUAUAGCUUGUCUGAUUGAUGGAUUAAAAGACCAGGCAGAAUAGAUAGAACAUUUUUAUAGAGAAAAUGGAAAAACUGGAAUGACAUGGCAAUAAUUGAAUAAUUCACCCACUUUUAAAAUAAACUACUUACUCAAUAUGUAGAAACAUGGACAUGGGAAGAAGGGGCACUGCAACCCCAUCAGCAGCCCUUAAACCAGGCCGUGAGGUUCUCAUCCUCACUAGUAGCUUAUAUUUUAGUUUGAUUGUUCCCCUCGCUCAUCCCCAGAUUGUCUUUGUCUUUGAACCCUUGUUCCAGUCUUCUUCCCUCUGUUUAUGGAUUUUGCCUGGAUUUUAGAUUAUUCCUCUUGCCAUCUCUGUUCUGCAUUUGUUCGUCUGUGUCAGCUUUCCUGUUCCUGUCUGCCUGCCUCAUUACCUCUUAGUAAGCUUUUGCCCCUGUUGUGUGUUAAAUAAAUCAUUGAACUGCU